UAUCUUCCCAGAUUCAAUUCAAAACCUGAGUAGACAUCAAAGCUGGUAGACAGAAGUGGCACAAUGCCCCGUUUUACUGUGCAUGUCAGAGAUGAGUGGCUUACUGUUCCCUGUAAGGAUUCAUCCUGCACUAUACAGUGGUUAGGAGUGGAGGCUCUCAAGCGUUAUGUCAAGAACAAGCCUGAUAAUGGAGGGUUCUCGCAUGUCAAAGAUGUUUGCUUUGUGGCAAGGAGGUGCCAGGGACAGGGACUGUUGGACACUGAUGAUACAAUAGAUGACGUCUUGGAGGACAAUGACUUUGUUGAGCUUGAAAUAAAAGGAGACACCAUGUCUUCUGACUUCAUUCCUAGCCAACCUGGAAUGUCAUAUCUAACAAGAGCCUACAGAGAGCCAGAGGAGUACCUGUACCUAGAUGGCAACAGUCUAAAUUCAACCGAUCUAGUCAACCUAGGAAGAGGCCACUACAAGAUUAAGUUGACCCCUGAGGCUGAAAGAAACGUAGAGCAGUCCAGAGCUCUGGACACCAUAGUGAAAGAAAAAAAAGUUGUGUAUGGAAUCACCACUGGAUUUGGGAAGUUCGCUAGAACCGUCAUCCCGAUCAGCAAACUCAAGGAACUACAGGAGAAUCUCAUUCGCUCCCACUCAGCAGGCGUGGGCAGCCCACUGAACCCUGAGAGGACUCGAAUGUUGCUAGCCCUCCGAAUAAACGUGCUAGCUAAGGGAUACAGCGGGAUCUCUCUGGAAACCCUGCACAGUAUGAUGCAGGCAUUCAACGCAUCCUGUUUGUCUUUCGUUCCAGAGAAGGGAACAGUGGGUGCCAGUGGAGACCUCGCUCCUCUCUCACACUUAGCUCUGGGGCUGAUGGGAGAGGGCAAAAUGUGGUCGCCUAAGAGUGGGUGGGCUGAUGCGAAAUAUGUUUUGGAAGCGCAUGGCCUGAAGCCUAUAUCACUGAAACCAAAAGAGGGUCUGGCUCUGAUUAACGGGACACAGAUGAUCACCUCCAUGGGUGCAGAGGCUGUAGAGAGGGCAGAGUCCAUUGCCAGACAGGCCGAUAUCAUUGCUGCACUCACCCUGGAGGUCCUGAAGGGAACCACCAAAGCAUUUGACAGUGACAUCCAUGAGCUGCGGCCACACCCAGGACAGAAAGAGGUGGCAUUGCGUUUCCGGGCUCUUCUGGACUCUGAUCACCACCCCUCUGAGAUUGCAGAAAGCCACAGGUUUUGUGACCGUGUCCAGGAUGCCUACACCAUGCGUUGCUGUCCCCAGGUCCAUGGCAUCGUUAAUGACACAAUUGCUUUCGUCAAAAAUAUCAUAAAUACAGAAAUUAACAGUGCUACAGAUAACCCUAUGGUUUUUGCAGAAAGGGGAGAAACCAUUUCAGGAGGAAAUUUUCAUGGAGAAUAUCCGGCAAAGGCGCUUGAUUAUUUGUCCAUAGGAGUUCACGAACUGGCUUCCAUCAGCGAACGUCGUAUUGAGCGUCUGUGUAACCCAUCUCUCAGUGAGCUACCUGCAUUCCUGGUUAAUGAAGGGGGGCUGAACUCCGGCUUUAUGAUUGCACACUGCACUGCGGCAGCUCUCGUUUCUGAAAAUAAGGUGUUGUGCCACCCGUCCUCAGUGGAUUCACUAUCCACAAGUGCAGCCACAGAAGAUCACGUGUCCAUGGGAGGAUGGGCUGCCAGAAAGGCUCUAAGAGUGAUCGAACAUGUGGAGCAAGUGCUGGCUAUCGAAAUGUUAGCCGCUUGUCAGGGUAUUGAGUUUCUCCGGCCACUUCACACCACAACACCUCUGGAGAAGGUGUAUGACCUUGUUCGUUCAGUGGUCAAGCCCUGGAUAAAAGACAGGUUUAUGGCUGCAGAUAUUGAGACUGCUCAUCGGCUUCUCAUAGAGCAGAAGGUAUGGAAUGUUGCUAAGCCAUACAUCGAUAAGUACUGUACAGAGCAUUUCCCUGAAUCACGUCCAUCCUCCCCGACUGCAUUCUCUCUUGAGUCACCACCAUCUCCGCAGAAACGAGUCCGGCUUGAGUGACAGAGAUGCUGAGACACAGAGACGCAGAGACACACUGAGAAAAGAUUUUAUAUAAGCCAUAGUUAUUUACACAGUGCUGAGAAAGGUCUUUAAACCUACCAAUGUGCUGCGUAUAACUCAUUGUAUAUGUUACUAGGUCAUAAAUGUAAAUGUUGUUGUUGUUUUCCUGCUCUGUAAACAAUGCAUUAAUUGUACAUCGAUUUUGUCUUUAUGUACUGUGUGAAAUAAUUUGCUGAUCAUCAUUUGACCUUAUGAAAAAAAACACAAGCUCUGAAAACAAAUGCAAUAAAAAGUAACAUUAA